AAUUCCUAGGGGGAUUCGGGGCUUCGCCGCCGCGGAGGACAGCCUUUCUGCGCGGGACUGCGGGGCGCCGACAGGGCCAUGUAAGCAGACUUUAUUUAGAAGAGUCACCAUAAAGGCUCAUACUGAAAGAUGUUAUGGAAGAUGGGAAACCACGUGGCCAAAUGGAGACUGUGUCAACUCCUUUGCUAGCUAGUGUGUUAUCUUAGCCACCCUCCAGAGCGCCGCGCCGGGCAUGGACGCCUUUUCCCACACCUGGAGGAGCACGGGUGGUAGUGUCGUCGCCCAGUCUCGAAGCUGCUAAGGCCAUCGCAGGGGCGUGGGCGCCAGGACAGGAGGGCAGCGUCCGAAGGCCACAGAGCCAUGCCUUUCGGCCUGAAGCUCCGCCGGACCCGGCGCUACAACGUCCUGAGCAAGAACUGCUUCGUCACCCGCAUCCGCCUGUUGGACAGCAACGUGAUCGAGUGCACGCUGUCCGUGGAGAGCACGGGGCAGGAGUGCCUGGAGGCGGUGGCCCAGAGGCUGGAGUUGCGGGAGACGCACUACUUUGGCCUUUGGUUUCUCAGCAAGAGCCAGCAAGCACGAUGGGUGGAGCUGGAGAAACCGCUGAAGAAACAUCUGGACAAAUUCGCUAAUGAGCCUCUGCUUUUCUUUGGAGUCAUGUUUUAUGUGCCAAAUGUGUCAUGGCUUCAGCAAGAGGCCACAAGAUAUCAGUAUUACCUGCAAGUCAAAAAAGACGUGCUUGAAGGGCGGUUGCGGUGUACGUUGGAACAGGUGAUCCGGCUGGCGGGCUUAGCUGUGCAAGCUGAUUUUGGAGACUAUAAUCAGUUUGAUUCUCAAGAUUUCCUCAGAGAAUAUGUGCUGUUUCCUAUGGAUUUGGCCCUGGAAGAAGCUGUUCUGGAGGAGCUGACGCAGAAGGUGGCCCAAGAACACAAAGCCCACAGUGGAAUCCUGCCAGCAGAAGCUGAGCUUAUGUACAUCAACGAGGUGGAACGUUUGGAUGGAUUUGGACAGGAAAUCUUCCCUGUGAAGGACAAUCAUGGAAACAUGGUGCACCUGGGCAUUUUCUUUAUGGGGAUUUUCGUGAGAAACAGAAUUGGAAGACAAGCAGUAAUAUACAGGUGGAAUGACAUGGGAAACAUCACCCACAACAAGUCAACUAUCCUGGUGGAGCUCAUCAACAAAGAGGAGACUGCCCUCUUUCACACGGAUGAUAUCGAAAAUGCCAAGUAUAUAUCACGAUUGUUUGCUACACGGCACAAAUUUUACAAACAGAACAAAAUCUGCACUGAACAGUCAAAUUCUCCACCCCCUAUUAGACGCCAGCCCACCUGGAGCCGGUCCUCUCUGCCCCGGCAACAGCCGUACAUCUUGCCUCCUAUGCACGUCCAGUGUGGCGAGCACUACUCGGAAACACACACUUCUCAAGACAGCAUCUUCCAUGGGAAUGAAGAAGCCUUGUAUUGCAACUCGCACAACAGCCUGGACUUAAGUUAUUUAAAUGGCACUGUCACCAAUGGCAGUGUGUGUAGCAUUCACAGCGUCAACUCCCUCAGCUGCUCCCAAAGCUUCAUCCAGGCUUCUCCCGUGUCCUCCAACCUCAGCAUCCCUGGGAGUGACAUCAUGCGGGCUGACUACAUCCCGAGCCACCGGCACAGUGCCAUCAUCGUGCCAUCCUACCGGCCGACCCCCGAUUAUGAGACAGUCAUGCGGCAGAUGAAGAGGGGCGUUGUGCACACGGACAGUCAGAGCCAGUCCCUGCGAAACCUCAACAUCAUCAACACCCACGCCUACAACCAGCCGGAGAAUCUGGUGUACAGCCAGCCCGAGAUGCGGGAGAGGCAUCUCUAUACUGUCCCUUACGGGCCCCAGGGGGGCUACAGUAACAAACUGGUCAGUCCGUCAGACCAGAUCAACCCAAAGAAUACCACAGUGCCAAGCAAGCCCGGGGCAAGUGCCAUCUCACACACGGUGAGCACCCCGGAGCUGGCCAACAUGCAGCUCCAGGGAACCUAUAACUACAACACGGCCCAUAUGCUCAAGAACUAUCUCUUCCGGCCACCGCCCCCCUACCCACGGCCCCGCCCCGCCACCAGCACCCCAGACCUCGCCAGCCACCGCCACAAGUAUGUCAGCGGCAGUAGCCCCGACCUGGUGACCCGCAAAGUGCAGCUGUCUGUGAAGACCUUCCAGGAGGACAGCUCCCCAGUGGUACAUCAGUCUCUCCAGGAGGUAAGCGAGCCCCUCACAGCCACCAAGCACCACGGCACGGUGCACAAGCGCCACAGCCUGGAGGUGAUGAGCAGCAUGGUGCGGGGCAUGGAAGCCAUGACCUUGAAGUCGCUCAACAUCCCCAUGGCCCGCCGCAACACUCUCCGAGAGCCGGGGCCACCCGAGGAGCUGCCGGGGAGCCACGAGGUCCCCCAGCUUCCCGAGUAUCACCACAAGAAGACUUUCUCGGAUGCCACGAUGCUGAUCCACAGCAGUGAGAGCGAGGAGGAGGAGGAGGAGGCUCCAGAACCGGUGCCCCAGAUCCCCGUGCUCCGGGAGAAGAUGGAGUAUAGCGCCCAGCUACAAGCCGCCUUAGCCCGGAUUCCAAACAAGCCCCCACCCGAGUACCCCGGACCCAGGAAAAGCGUGAGCAACGGGGCACUGCGGCAAGACCAGGUGUGCCUUCCUCCUGCCAUCGCCAGGGCCAGGGUCCUGAGGCACGGGCCAGCCAAGGCCAUCAGUGUCUCCCGGGCUGACCAGCUGGCUGUCAAUGGGUCGUCUCUCGGUCCAUCCAUCUCAGAGCCUGACCUGACAAGUGUGAAGGAGCGGGUCAAGAAAGAGCCUGUGAAGGAGAGACCUGUGUCUGAAAUGUUUUCCCUGGAGGACAGCAUCAUAGAAAGAGAGAUGAUGAUCCGGAAUCUAGAGAAGCAGAAGAUGGCAGGCCUGGAGGCACAGAAGAGGCCACUGAUGUUGGCAGCCUUGAACGGACUCACGGUUGCUCGGGGCUCGGGGCGGGAAGAGAGUCGCGUCGAUGCCACCCGAGUUCCCAUGGACGAGAGGUUCAGAACCCUGAAGAAGAAGCUCGAAGAGGGAAUGGUGUUCACAGAAUACGAGCAAAUUCCAAAGAAAAAGGCAAAUGGCAUUUUCAGCACAGCAGCUCUGCCAGAAAACGCUGAGCGCAGCCGCAUCCGCGAGGUUGUCCCCUAUGAGGAGAACCGCGUGGAGCUAAUACCGACCAAAGAAAAUAACACAGGCUACAUUAACGCCUCCCACAUCAAGGUGGUGGUUGGUGGGGCAGAAUGGCACUACAUCGCCACUCAGGGGCCCCUGCCCCACACAUGCCACGACUUCUGGCAGAUGGUGUGGGAGCAGGGAGCAAACGUGAUCGCCAUGGUCACCGCGGAGGAGGAAGGCGGACGAACCAAGAGCCACCGAUACUGGCCCAAACUGGGUUCCAAGCACAGUUCAGCUACCUAUGGCAAGUUCAAGGUCACCACAAAGUUCCGAACAGAUUCCGGUUGCUAUGCAACCACAGGCUUGAAGGUCAAGCACCUUUUGUCCGGGCAGGAAAGGACAGUGUGGCAUUUGCAAUAUACUGACUGGCCAGAUCACGGCUGCCCAGAGGAUGUCCAAGGAUUUUUGUCCUACUUGGAGGAGAUCCAGUCUGUCCGUCGCCACACCAACAGCAUGCUGGAAGGCACCAAGAACCGGCAUCCCCCGAUUGUGGUCCAUUGCAGUGCCGGGGUGGGAAGGACCGGCGUGGUCAUCCUUUCUGAGCUGAUGAUCUACUGCCUGGAGCAUAAUGAAAAGGUGGAGGUACCCAUGAUGCUGAGACUCCUCAGGGAGCAAAGGAUGUUCAUGAUCCAGACCAUCGCUCAGUACCAGUUUGUCUACCAGGUCCUCAUCCAGUUCCUCCAAAACUCCAGACUCAUUUAACCCCCCGCCUCAGCUCCCAGAAGAGGGACCCAGCUCCAUCUUGCAGAUGGGGAAGCACCUCCAGAUAACAUCUGCUCCCCCAGCAGGGCGCGGAUGGCCGGAGCAGGCGGGCCACGGGCUCCCUUGAAGACGGGAGCCAAGAUCAUUCACAAACAUCACGUAUUAUUUUAUAUGAGAUAAUUUAUUUUUCCCCCUUUGAAAUAACCUUUGUGAAUCAUCGUAACGCAGUUUUCACAAUAAUAUAGUGCUUUUCAUGUGAACCACAUUUUGACCGAUCUGCAUUGUAAAAGGUCAGUGGAGAGGGUGGCCUGCUGGAUCAUGUGGGGGACAGAGGCAUAAGGGAACACAUCUCUAGUGACGUUGCAGCCGGAUUUGUGACCAACCCUGAAAUUCAUCAGCCUAAUUUCCCACAUCCAGAUCAAAGAUGGCAAGAAAAUGAGUUCAUCCUAAAAUGUAAAGAUAAGGGCUAAGACCCUUUCUUGAAGGAGAAAAACAACACUCUUUUCUUACAUCUGGGGACUCCUGUGGCUUGCUGGGCAGUUCCCUUCCUUUUCCCUUUCUGCCCUCUCCCUCAGUAGUCUCUUUUUUUCCUCCCAGGCUUGAGUUAAGACAGGAACCGCUAGAGGAAAUGCUCCCUUUCUGACGCCGUGAUUGCCAUCGCCCAGGCUGGGUGAGGACUCUGCGUUGUAUCUUUCUCAACCGCUCCUUAUUCUAGGCUCUGGAGCCUGCUCGCCUGCUGGAGACUGCACCCUUGGUAUUUGCUGCUUCUCCCUGUUGGCUCAGUGGACCCUAGUCUGGUGGCCUUUGAGGCCCUGGGCCAGGCCGUCUGUGCAGCUAGGCCUCUUGCCUGAUUGAGAGAAGACAAUGGGCAAGUGUGGAAGAGAGAGGAGACAGGCAGGCCCUUGAUAUUGUUUCUUAUUUAAAUAUGAAGGGUGUGCUGCUGGGGAAUCUGAAGGUCAAGGUGCUGGAUGCUUUCUGUCUUUCCAUCAGUCACCAAGUCCUUGGAAAGGUUAUAAAGGAAAUGGUUGGGAAAGCUGAUGUCUGGGGCCUCUUUGGCACUCAGGUGGCAGGGGCCCUGCCAGGAGCCACACCAAGUGUUAUCCCCACUGUGCUGCUAGCAUCUCCAGCCUUUGGCCUGCAGGAGCAGAACUAAGCCCAACCCACGAGCCUGCAGUACAAAUCUUGGCCCACCUGCUGAAAGAUGGUGAGAUUUGUCUCGCACAAAGGUCUAAGGCCUUUGUUGCUUUCCUUUUCCCCAUACAACCCACUCUGGUCAGUUGUGGUAUUAACCCUGCCCUCAUUUUGAAGCUUAGUCCUUAGUUUGUGUCUUUCUGUGCCUUCAUUGGUCACUGUCCUUCUGCAUCUCGUAGGUUAGUAUACAAUAAAUCAUGUUCUGCACGUUUUCCCUCUUGUUGACUUUUGGGGAAUUUUUCUCUCUACCAUUUAGUUUUUCUGGAUGCAACUUUUAAAUUCUGGCUUUGUUCUUAAAACUGACUUUUGUGGGUGUUCCAUGAUGCCUUCUUCCACUGCUGCCUUUUUUUUUUUUUUUUUUUUUGCCUCCUGAGCUGCAAAUGCAAAGAAAGAAUGGCAUCCAGUCAACUAGAAAGAGUGUGUCUUUGUGACUUACAGUCCCUACAACAGACAGGUGUGGAAGCAAAUUCCUGAUGAACUACUUUGGAGUGUGAAUAAACUGGCUUUCACAUCUGGCCAGGUGUUAUGGUGGUGGUUCUCUGUAUUUGGACUCAAGAGUAUCUGGCGGCAAAGGGCCUCCUUCCCUUCUGCUCCAGGGUCUGAAGAAUCAUUCAAGGAGUAGAGUGUCAAUUGAGCUCCAUAGAUUCUGGAAUUUUGCUGUAUGAUCUGAAAAAGAAAACCACUAGUAUGACGUGUAUUUUCAGUGGAUCAUAGCUCUCUCUAGGAGAUGUUCAGAAAUUGGAUCAUCAGCAGCCAAAGAGGUACUUGUUUCCUUUUCUUUGGAGCCUCUCCAUCCUUGGGAUAUUCUGCUGUUAGGGACGUUUUAACAGUUGCUCUGCAGUUACUGGUUUAUUGUUUGAUGAACCACAUCAGUAUCUCUCUUUCGUCUCUCAGGCCCCAAACGUGGGCACUGUUAAAAUGUCUCAUGUGGGCAGCGUGUGUGUAGAUCUGCUGUCUCUUUGAGCUCAUCCCUCAUGGCCCUCCUUUCAGCUCAUACACUGUUGCCAUUUGGUGCUCCGGGAACAUUCGUGAAUGCACAAAAUGCAGAGAAGUAGGUUCAGUAUCCAAUUUCCUAGCCAAAGUUUAUAUUGAAACUCAAAGGAAAACAUUUAAAAGUGACUCCCCAUAUUUUGUUUUUAAAAAUAAAUGCUUUUGGUCCUUGAGCCCAUUUUGCAUUCCUUUUCACAUCUCCAGUAGAUGCCAACCUAUCUCCUGUUAAAUUAGCAACAGCCAUUUAAAGUCCUUUCAGUGGCAUCUGCAUAAUAAUUGCCCAGAGAUGCUUUACAUCUGGGAAGCAAGCCAAGGAAUAAACCUUGAAGCAAAGUGUAUUAAAUUAGUUAUCUAGUUAGAGCUUUUGGAAUGAGUUCCUGACGAUGUAUCAAGUCUGAAGCUGGAGCUGUCGGGGUCUGUUGCUGCAGUUUUGAUUUGAAGGGAGAAAAUCAGAAAUGGUGGGGAUAAAAAAAGGUACCAUCUUACAACAAAGUCAUCCAACACUUUCAGGCCUCUGGUUUUGAUGUUUUUCCAGUUGAAAUGUUUUGUUUCUUUCAUCCACUCUCUUUUGGAUAUAAUCACCCAGUGUUCAUCCUUGUUUACUGUAGUCCCUGGACCAGGGGGGCUGAGUUUGACGUCUUCAUCCUUGAGCUGAGCCUGCUGGCAAAGCCGAGCUGUGUCCUGCUGUACUUUACUGGAUUCCUUUUGGUAGCAUUUACAUUUAUACACAUCUCUUUCCCUGGAUAGGAAGUAAAGGAGGAUUUGGCGGCUUUAGAGAGGGAUGUCAAACAUUGAUUUCUUUAUAAGAGAGGGAAUGAGUUCCUCCCCUCAGUUGGAGGGAGUGGUAAGGUCAGGGAAGGUGAAAACAUCUCCACGUGGAAUAUUUUGAGUAUAAACUUCCAAGAACCCAAAACAGAGAAUUUUACUUCCACAAGCUUUGUGGUCCUAGAUUGAGACGAGGAACUAUUUUUUGACUGUAAUCAGUCAUUGUUUGCCUCCAAGUCCCUUGGCUGUCUCUGGCCCCUUCCUCCUUUGGCCUGGAUAGAGGGUCUUUGUGGGCUCCACUGGGUGAGGUCCUAUGGGACUUGCUACUGGCUUGCCCAGGACUCAUUUAACCUUUAUUCUGCCUACGCUCAGCUUUUGUGGUUCUGUUAUAAACACUAGUAAGUAAGUCAGCACUUUCAUCCAACUGCCUACCUUUCUUAUCCUUUCCAGGUUAAUAUAGGUUGACCCAUGAAAUUUCCAAUAUUUGGACCAUAGUUUACUUACGAUGACAGAAAAUCCACCUGAAUCAACCUAAUAUGUACAGUUUGUUUCUGCCCCCCCCCCGAUGAGUGUGGAUCCCAAUGUACCAUAUGUCAUUUCUCAAGUGCUAAUGAACAUGGAAGUGUGUACAGUGGGUGCCUUGGCUCUUUUUGUGAACCCGUUGCCUUGCUACAGCGACCCUUGCCUCACUUGAGUGGGCUGUCUCCUAGAGCUUGAAGUCACUCUUUGCAGAGAUGUUAGUGCACUUUGGAUUCUCCUAGGCAGGGCUGGCCAUGAGGCACAUGACUAUGGGCUUUUCAGCUGUCAUCCUUUCUUGAUACACAGUCUGUAUUAGCUGACCUCAGCCCACGGGUUAUGGAACAUCAUGUGUGGGCCCAGAGGUGUCCAGAGUCACAAAGCAGAAUGUGCUUUUGAAAUUCUCUCCCCCACUUGCAGUGAUGCGUGUGAUGGAGAAAGUAGGUAUAGUUAUUGCUUUUCUUUGGGGGAAGAUCUGUCAGUCACUUGAGGUCAGGGGAUGGGCAAAUUUUUAGAGACCUUCUAAGAUGUGUGCCAGAGAGCUUAGACUCAAGGGAUGGGGAGUGGGUCGGAACCAUAUUAGUGUUCAUCUACCCUUCAUUCCUCCUUCGUAUCGGGAGUAAUUGUCAGGAUCCUAGUGUAAGAAAUUUCCAGAAGCACCAAGUAAUUACUGCUGGGCUCUUACGGUGGCUCUUUGUGGGACUACAGUGUUCUCUAUUUUAUGGAAGAGUAUCCUGCAACUGUGUUUUAUUGCCUGUGGAUUUUACCAGACACUCAUCAUGCUCUUACUUAGUGAUUUCUUCUUGUGAGCAAAGUAACAACUCAUCUAGUACUGUUUCCAAAUGAAGAAAUUUGGGGUUUUCAUGGAGACUGCACAAAUUUCCCAUGGGUCUAGAGUGUCAUGAGUGACAAACUAGUUGGCCCUUUAGGGUAGGAAUCUCUAACAUGUUAAAUUAUGUUUGACGGUUCUCCUGAACUCUGAGCAAGGAAGCAGAAUGGUUCUUGUCUUUGCCUCAUCUAAGAUAUUUGGGGGCAAAAGACCUUACUGAUGCAUCUGUUGAAAGUAACAGCAACAUGUCUUGGAGAAAUGGGCAGGUGUAUGUAAUCAAGUUCUGCCUGCUCCUCCUGCCUGUUGCCCCGAAAGUCACUGUUCUUCAUGGGGUCCUGAGAAACUCCAUGGCCUGCUUGCCCGACAUUCAACCUUUAUCCUGCCUGCUCUCAGCUUUUGCAUUUCCAUUAGAAACUCAGAUGGGUGAGUGUUUUUAUCCAGCUUACUACCUUACUUAUUUUUUCCAGCUUAAAAUAGCUGCGUCUCUUUUCUGAAGGCCAAACGAAAAACUUCUCUAUUAAAAUGUCCAUGAACCUGGCAUUGAGUAUCUGGCAUCAAUGGAUUUCACAGGACUGCGUAAUUUAUUGUUGUUUGGUGCAGUAAAAAGGAGGACGUGCAUCAGUUCCUACUGUUUGGAGCUUUGGUCAGCCCUCCCAUUUUAAAAAUAAAUUCAAGGACUUUUCAAGCCAAGAGGGCAAAAGCUGCUGGGCAGCCUGAGUAUGGUGAUGCAUCUAUCUAGAAAGUCACUGUUCCUUCUGCCACACUUUGGGCCAUCAAGAUCAUUCUUUCCCAAAAAUGCCAUAAGCUUGCCCAGAGAAGAGCUAUGAAUGGGAAGAGGAAGAGGAGGAUGGAGGCUUUUUAGAUCAGCCUUGAAGUUGCAAUCAAAAAGUUCUUGAUUCGCACACAAGUUUCUGAACUCGGAGAUGUCUCUCCUACUCCCUCCCUCUCUCUAAAGCUGGAAGGAUGGAAAUGGGAUGGAGCUCCUGGGAAAGACCGCGCUGCAGUGGGGAGAUCUGUCUCACCCUCACUCGUAGUUUUAAACCACGUCCUCACUGCUGCGGUGGAGCUUGGUGAAUGUUCUGGAUUCUGAUGCCUGCCUAGAUUCGCUGCUCAGAACGACCACCUCCCCUCGCUUGCUGGUGGCUCUCCUUUUCCUCACAGCCUUAUUAGCAGAAGGUUGUGCUCAUCCACGUGGCUCUGGAGUUAGCGAUCACAGCCCCUUUGCAUCUUGACCGCGUGUCUCCUGGGGCCCCCAGGGGCUGCAGAGUAGAUCCCCCUUCCCAGCAUGUUGUGUUUCUAAUCAGGGCAUAAAAACGGGGGAGAUGUCAAUACAGGAACGGCAGGUCCUUGUCUCACUUGAGGGCACAGGUGGGACUACUUUGUGAUGUGACCCUCUUCCUUCUAAGAGCACCCCGUUCACUUAGGGCAAUGCCGACCUUUCCUUGUUUUUCAUUUGCUUUGUGGACCAGCUGUCCACAGCACACCUCUUCUUUUCUUUCCCUACCCUUUUAGCAACCCCUACAAAGUAGUUGAAUCUAGUCAUAGGGAAUCACUCUCUAAAUCUCUGCAAAUUAUGUAAUUAGGAAAUCUAAUUUUCAUCCUAAAAAGCUUAUAUAGUUUCAAAAAAUCAAACCUGGCAUUUAUGUAGUUUCAAGGAAAUCUGGCAAAUGGAAAUAACCAGAAUGAAAAUAGCUAAGUGCUGUCCACAACUGGGAGGUGGGCCUUUGCCACCUUUUUUCCCUUGGUGAUCGAUACUAUCCCUCAGGACUAGAAGGAAUGAAAGAAAAGCUGGAUUCGAGGAUCAGUGCUGUUUAGGACAGAGACCGCAGCAGUCCCUGAGGCUUAUCUCGAGGUGAACUUCCGGGGAUCCACAGUGGCUGCAUUUGGCAUGAUGACACGUGUCGUCAGAUGAAUUUGUGUCUCGCCUCAUCCUGCUGACUCUGUUCCCUUCAUGGUCACCUCUACGGAGCCUGGCCAAUCUGGUGAAACGAGUGAAGCUCUAGGCUCUGCAGGGACAUUUAUAAGUUGCCUUAUGCUCUCAGCUGUCUAGGGAGGGGCAGGCUGUGCUAUCCCUCCAGCCUGCACAUUCUUCCCAACCUCCUCCUUCAGGGAAUCACAGAGGCCGCCUCACCUGACAAAGCUGAAAACUUUGGAUUGGGGUCUUUUUGUGCCUUGGGAUGGAACUGUUUUGCUAACAUCUCAGGAAUCCUGCUCAGAGUUGAGCUCGGCUGGCUCUCAGAGCAGAGGUGCCUGGCGUUCUCAGCAUUUCUCAGGGGCUUCCCACUUCCCUGUACUGCAGUGUUAGCUAAGAAAUACCUUCAGCUUCAAACUGCGAGCUGUCAUGCAGAGCCAAUUCUUUCCCCAACUUGAAAAUUGUAAAAUGUUAUUGCAGCUUCGUUUGACUGAACUUUCUUGCCAGUUUGGAAUCUUAAAAAUCUGUCCUUUCAAGAGUAAGGUUACUCUUCAUCAGAGAUGAUUUCCUGUGUGUGUCCUCUGUUCCUUCGAUAGUCAGCUAACUUGCUUGAGGAUGUGUAAAUGGGAAAAAAAGGUUUACAUAUGCAGAUGACUAUUAAAUGUAUAAUCUUAUGCAACUUAUGUUACAUCAAGUAACAUGCUAAUUAAUCUAUUGUGUUUCACUGGACUGUCAUUGUGCUACUUAGUUCCGUAUUUUGAUGCUUUCCUUGGUCUAUGUUUUAUAAAAUGUUGUGAAUUGUAUCAUUCAAGCCAAUUGACAUUUAAUGUCUCAUUUUGGAUGUACAGACAAGGUCCUUAACGUAGAAACCAGUUUGUUCUUAAGGUUCUUGGGUCAGCCCACAGAAGCCUUCUGACGUCCAACACGGCUGAAUUGCGGGGUGGUGUCAGCCAGAUCUGGCUGGCAUGGGCUGACCUGCACAGUUAACCACCUAUCAUAUUGUUGCUGUGAGAAAUGCAUUCCAGAUGGGGACUUGGGAUCCUGAGAACACAUUCUUCUCCCCAUAAUGGCCACUUGCCACCUUGCAAGAUGGAAGUCCGGUCCCUUUACUACAAACUAGUUGUAAGGGGACAGAGGGAAUGAGACAUUUAUAGGACAUUCCCUAAGUUGGGGAGUGAUUAAUAUUCACGUGUCAGCUUUACUUUUGUAUAGACUCUCUCAAUUUAAUAAUAUUAAAAGCCUUAAAUAAAACUAUGCAUGCUAUUCUAUGUGCUUUUUUAUAUCAGUAAAUAAGCUUAUGCUUGUCAGUUUUAUACACAAUUAAGAGGUGUAUGAAACUGACUUUUGACAGUAUUUUUGCACUGUUUCUUAUCUGUUUUUUUAAAGUCUUUAGAUAUUGGUCCUAGUUGUGUAUUGUUUAUGUUCUCACUGCCCUUGUCAUUGCUGUAAAAUGUUUCAUAUGUGCCUUUACAAAUGUGAGAUCUUUAUUCUAACCUUUUUUGUAAAAGAUAUCUAUUGACUUCCAAAUGCAAUAAACUUUUUUUUUUUUUUCAGAGAAAACGAAUCUUUUCUGUACUAUGUAUGUUUGCCUU